UCUCUGCAUAUUUUUCUUGCUUUUAAUAGCUCGGCAGGCCGCAUCCACUUGACUCUCACAUAUUAUUCUUUGAACAGUCUUUUCCUCUCCUAGUCUUUCUCCUCUAAUCUCAACUUCCAAUGGAGAAUUUCACACCAUUUUUGCCGCUUUCAUCUUCAGUGGCAACACCCAUGUCAUUGAACAUGGGCAGUUCUCAAGGUUUUACAGACUACUUUCAAGCUACCAAUGAAAAUGCGUUCUUAGGCUUGAUCCAGGAGAUGGAAGAUCAUCGUCCUGUGGUUGGUGGUUUAAAUGGUGAAAAUAGCAACAGAUCUUCUCAGAAUAAAAGCGUUAGUGGGUCUGAAAAUGAAGAUGAAUUAUUGGGGAAGAAGAAGAAGAAGGGAUCAUCAUCAGAGAAGAAGAUGAGAAAACAUAGAUAUGCCUUUCAAACAAGGAGCAGAGUUGAUAUUCUUGAUGAUGGGUAUAGAUGGAGAAAGUAUGGCCAAAAGGCUGUCAAGAACAAUAAGUUUCCAAGAAGCUAUUACCGGUGUACUCACAAAGGUUGCAAUGUCAAAAAGCAAGUUCAAAGAUUGACAAGAGAUGAAGAAAUUGUUGUCACAACCUAUGAAGGAAUGCAUUCUCAUCCAAUUGAAAAGUCUAUGGAUAACUUUGAGCACAUCUUGACCCAAAUGCAAAUCUACAAUUCCUUUUAAUUAUUAGUCCAUCAUCAUCCUCCGCACAAUAAUAAUUUCUUGUAGUCUAAAAUGGUUUAAUUCAACAGGCUAAAGUCAUUUCAUUUAAAGUUUGAGUUUCUAUUCCUUCAAAUGCCAUGUAAAAAUAUUUUGUUUACAUUAUUUACUUUUGAAAUUUCUAACUAACUACAUGUUUCUUUAGUAUUCCCUUGGAGAAGAAAUCUAUUUAAUUAUAUG